AUGGAUAAAUUAUUAACACAAUAUAAUCAUAAUUUAAAUGAAGAAGGUUAUAAUAUAAAUAGUUUAAAAGGGAAUGAUGCAAUCUAUAGCAAUAUUAUAGCAUGUGUUUCUAUUGGGGAUAUAAUGAAGUCACUAUUGGGACCUAAAAGUAGAGAUAAAUUAAUUACUAAUCGAUAUGGUGAAAUUGUUGUGACCAAUGAUGGAUGUACAGUUUUAAAAUCAAUACAAUUGGAUCACCCAGCAUCAAAGAUGAUGGUGGAGUUAAGUCAAUCGAUGGAUAAUCAAAAUGGUGACGGUACCACUUCGGUUGUUGUUUUAAGUUCAUUUUUAUUAAGAAAAUCACUAAAAUUAUUAAAAGGUACAAGUUUAGGUUUUGCAAUUUCAAGAGGUAUUCACCCAAUAAAAAUAAUAAAUGGUUUUAUUAAGGCUUGCAAAAUAACAUUGGAUUCCAUUGUUUCACAAUCAAAAUCAUUCACAAUUCAAUCUCCUCAGGGUAUUGAUUUAAUGACAAAGGUUUGUAAAACCACUUUAAAUUCAAAAUUAAUUUCCCACACAAACCCAAUUUUAUCAAAGUAUGCAUACUAUCUUUUUUUGUUAAAUAAUAGUAAUAAUAUGAAUAAUAUUACAACAAAUUUAAUCAAUAUAGUUUCAAUAGAAGGUGGAUCUGUUGAAGAUUCAUUAAUAUUUCCAUAUUUUAUAAUGGAGCAUUCAUUUAUAACUCCGUUUUACCCUAAACAAUCAUCUUUAAAUAAUCAUUUUAAUAUUGUUUUUUUAAAUUUUAGUUUAACUAAGAAUUUAAAUAAUAACAGUAGUAAUAUAGAGUUUAUUUUAAAAGAAGAAGAAAGUAAUAUAAAGUCAAUUAUAGUUUUAUUAAAAAAAUUAGGAAUAUCAGUAGUUGGAUUGGUUCAGGAUUUAAAUCAUUCUCAAUCACAAUUUAUGAUUUCAAAUAUAGCAUUGUCAUAUUUCAAUAAAGCGAAAAUUUCAGUAUUAAAGCCUUUUACUUUGGACCAGCUUUUAAAUUAUUCAUCAAAAUUAAAUAUACCAAUUAUAGUAAAUCAAAAUCAAUUAAAAUCAAUAAAAAUCAAUAAUGAAAAUAAUAAUAGUUUUUAUAAAAGUUUUCGAUCUAUUAGUUAUCAAGUUAUAAAUAACAAAAGUUUGAUUCAUUUCGAUAAUAGUAAUAAUAAUGGUUAUAUUUUACCAACAAUUUUAUUAAGGGGUACAACAACAAUGGAGUUAAAUGAAACAGAAAGAGCUAUUCAUGAUGCUUUGUGUGUUUUAAGAAAUUUAAUUAGAGACCCAAAAGUGGUACCUGGUGGUAGUGCAUGUGAAAUAGAGGCAUCAAAAAAGAUUUUAGAUUUUUGUAGAGAAAAUAAUAGUAGUAAAAUUAAUAAUGAAGAGUUAGUAGCAAUGAUGGCAUUUGCAGAAAGUUUAGAAGAAAUAGCAGAAACCCUGUGUUAUAAUUCUGGGAUGGAUAAUCAUUUAGAAAUAGCUUUACAAAUAAAAAAUAUUCAUAUAAAUUCAAAUAAUAGUUCAGAUAUUGGUAUAGACCUGAAAAAAAAUAAAAUUGGUGACAUGUUUGACUUUGGUGUAUUGGAAACUUUAUCAAAUAAAAUGGCACAGAUUUCAAUGGCUACCGAAAUAGUAACUUCAAUUUUAAAGAUUGAUGAGAUUAUUCCUUGUACUUAA